AGAAUAGCAUGCUAACCAAUUUUCGUUUCCCCCAGAAAAAUGAAGAAAUUUAUAAGAUACAUGAAAUUAAAGCGUCGGCGUUCUUUAGACCAUGAAGAGCACAUGAAAAAAAAGCAGCGUUAUGAAGUGGACUAUAACUUGGAGCCUUUUGCUGGACUUACCCCUGAAUAUAUGGAAAUGAUUAUUCAGUUUGGAUUUGUGACUUUGUUUGUUGCGUCCUUCCCACUGGCACCUUUGUUUGCUUUGUUGAACAACAUAAUUGAAAUCCGUCUAGAUGCAAAAAAAUUUGUCACUGAGCUGAGGAGACCGGUAGCAGUCAGAGCAAAGGAUAUAGGAAUCUGGUAUAAUAUCCUCAGAGGUAUUGGAAAGCUUGCUGUCAUAAUAAAUGCAUUUGUGAUCUCAUUCACAUCCGACUUCAUUCCACGCCUCGUGUACCUGUACAUGUACAGUGAGAAUGGCACCAUGCAUGGCUUCGUGAACCAUACACUAUCCUCUUUUAAUGUCAGCGAUUUUCAAGCAGGAACAGCUCCAAACGACCCCAUGGAUCUUGGCUACGAGGUUCAGAUAUGCAGGUACAAAGACUAUCGGGAACCCCCUUGGUCUGAAAACAAGUACGACAUUUCCAAGGAUUUCUGGGCUGUCCUAGCAGCAAGAUUAGCAUUUGUGAUAGUUUUCCAGAACUUGGUCAUGUUUAUGAGUGACUUUGUUGACUGGAUUAUCCCAGACAUUCCCAAGGACAUUAGUCAGCAGAUUCAUAAAGAAAAAGUUCUCAUGGUGGAGGUCUUCAUGAGAGAAGAGCAAGGGAAGCUGCAAAUGCUAGAAACCUGGAAAGACAAGGACAAGAAAAAAGGUGAAAACUGUAACAAUCACAGCCCCAGACUCUCCAGGAGCCAUAGUGGGAGCUUGUCCUCCUGCCAUUUGUAUCCUCUUGAUGUAUAGAAGAGGGAGUUGAGUAUGUUGGGGCAUUCCACUGACACACAAGCCAUCGCGUAAAGGGCAAGACUCGAGAAACGGACAACCUGGUCCAUGAUGGAGGAUGUGCUGCCAUUUCGCUCCCAUCUUUGUGAGAAAUGUUCUUCUUACAAAUAUGGAGGACCACGUUCUUUUUCUGAUAAUGCUGGGGUUUUUUUUCUUUUGCACAAGCAGUCAUGCAGGGAAUUUUUGUAUUUCAUCGAUAGAUAACACUGUUGACGUUGGUGUG